ACCUGGCGCGACCUUAUUAGGACCAACAACAUCGCAUGGAGUCCCUCCCUCUGACGACCGGCACGGCUGUGCCGCAGCAAGCCGGCAGCACGCUCAAGCGCAUCGUAGCCUUUUGCCUCACCCUCAGCGCCGGCGCUCUCCUCGGCGCGUCCAUCUCACGCUCCGGCGCUCCAGCGAAGGAACGGACAGACUCAUCGCGUGCCGGCAAGACGCCCAUCCCAUCGCUUGGCGAGGCCCUCGGACAGAUCCCAACGGGCAUCGGCUCCGAUCUCAGCGAGGGCUACAAGGCGAAUCCGUUCUACUUUGAUCCGUCCCUGCGAGACCACGUCAAGCUCACGGUGACGCCGUCCAACACGGGCUGCGGCGAGGGCGGCAAGCAGCUCAUCAAGCCAUUCUACAUCAACUCGGCCAAGGGCGACGCCAAGACCUUCCAGUGGUGCGACGAUGGCGCACCGCUGACCUGCACCACGCCGCGGCCUCUCCAGGACACGUCCACGACACGUCCGAGACACGUCCGCAGGCACCUGCCACCUGAGCCUCGAGAUGGGGGGCGACACGCUGCACAACGACGUCGGCUUCCUCAAGCUGCGCGGCUGCCCGCUGCACGAGGGCUACACGGUGCCGUACUUGCGCGUGAUGAAGGUGCUGCUCGCGAGCUACGACAAGCUGCACAUUGGCUGGGGCGCCUGCAGCGAGGCGGAGACCUCGUGCGAGGUGGGGCCAGACGUCUCGAUGUCGCCCGGCGAGUGCAAGACGCUGACGCACCCCUCCAAGCCGUCGAUGAAGUACGACGUCUGCUACGACGGCCCCGGCGUCUACUGAGGCCACGAGGCCGCGCUCGCGGGAGGGGCUCAUGCCUCACGGUCAUGCAAAGCAUGGGUGGCUCUGUGCAUCGAUGGCCCAAGAGCCGGCGCGCCGCGCGCGACAUGUCAGUGUCAUGUCACCGAACGAGAAUGUCGUGUAUCUCUCGCAAUUCAUGUUAUUUCGAUAUGAUAAGGAUAUGUUG